AUGUCUAGUUCAGGGGGCAGCAACGCCAAAAAGCCGCGAAUAGACUCGAACAGUCUUCUUUCGGCUAUACCUUCACGAAUGCCAAUAUCAAAUGGGCCGGGUACAGGAGGUACUCGACCACUCGUUGCAUUACUUGAUGGACGUGAUUGUUCCAUUGAAAUGCCGAUAUUAAAAGACAUAGCAACUGUAGCUUUUUGUGAUGCUCAAUCAACAUCGGAAAUUCAUGAGAAAGUAUUAAAUGAAGCAACUGCAGCACUUGUUUGGCAUGCAAUAACUUUGAAAAAGGAGGAUCUAGCCAAAUUUAAAGCUCUAAAAUUAAUUGUACGUAUUGGAUCUGCUUAUGAUAAUAUCGAUAUUAAAGCAGCUGGUGAUCAAGGUAUUGCUGUUGCAAAUGUUCCAUCGCAAUGCGUUGAAGAAAUGGCUGAUACAACAUUAAGUAUGAUAUUAAACUUGUAUCGACGUACAGCAUGGUUAGCUCAAGCAGUUAAAGAUGGUAAACGUGUAUCAACACCUGAACAAAUUCGUGAAGUUGCAUCUGGUUGUGCACGUAUUCGAAAUGAAACAUUAGGCAUUAUCGGUCUUGGUCAAGUUGGUAUGGCUGUUUCUCUACGAGCAAAAGUGUUUGGUUUUAACGUUAUAUUUUUUGAUCCGUAUCUUUCCGAUGGAAUCGAUAAAGUUUUAGGAAUCACUCGGGUAUUUACAUUACAAGAUUUACUAUAUCGUUCUGAUUGUGUAACACUUCAUUGUUCACUUAAUGAACAUAAUCAUCAUUUAAUUAAUGAUUUUACCAUCAAACAAAUGAGACCAGGUGCAUUUCUUGUUAAUGUAUCACGUGGUGGUCUUGUUGAUGAAACAGCAUUAGCUGCAGCAUUAAAAGAUGGUCGAAUUCGAGGUGCGGCAUUAGAUGUACUUGAAAAUGAACCGUACAAUUUAGCUGCUGGUCCAUUAAAAGAUGCUAUUAAUUUAAUAUGUACACCACGUACUGCAUGGUUUAGUGAAGCUAGCUCACAAGAAAUACGAGAAAAUGCAGCACAUGAAGUACGACGUGGUUUAACAGGAAAACUACCUGGUUCACUUCGAUAUUGUGUUAAUCGAGAUUAUCUUAACGGACCACGUUCAGCUUUUGAAACUGGUCUUAACGGAGCAUCACUUUCAUCAUUAUUUCCUUUAGCAGCGCCAUUUCUAUCAACAGCCGGACAUCUCCUAGGCGAUCCAUCAGCUGUAGGAGCAAUGCCACCAUCCAUUUUACCAUCAGCUCUUCAACAAGCAGCCAGCGCAACAUCAAGUAGCAGUACGCCAUCAUUACUUUCAUCAACUGGCAAUAAUUCACCUGUUGUAGUACCUGUUAGUAUUGGCGAAUCGGCUUUGCAAUCGGCAGCCAAAGCAGCAGCUGCCUCACAUGGAAAUAAUAAUAAUGGUGGAGACUCAGCUGGAGAUUAA